AAUACCUAUCUGAGCUCUGAGUUGUUUUCUCUCCAAUGCUGGAGUCCGCCACACAGGAUAAAGGAGGGGACUGGCAGAGCAGAUCUCUUAAGGAAGAAGACAGAUUCCGAGUGUGUAGAAGAGCAGUGAGAGCAAAGAGAGAGAGAGGAGAGAGGAAAAGCCAGAGGGAGAGAGGGGGAGAGGGGAUCCGUUGCAGGCAGGGGAAGGCGUGACCUGAAUGGAGAAUGCCAGCCAAUUCCAGAGACACACAGGGACCUCAGAACAAAGAUAAGACAUCGCUGACACCACACCGGGGACGAUCUCACAGACUAGUCCGGCAGAGGGGACCCAGGCCAGGCAGUCAGGAGCGUGCAAGGCAGGAGAAUGAGGUGGCUCCUUCUCUGUCAUGCUCUGUGCUUCUCCCUGUUGAAGGCUUCGUCCCACACCGUGGAGCUGAAUGACAUGUUUGGCCAGAUCCAGUCACCUGGCUAUCCGGACUCCUAUCCCAGUGACUCAGAGGUGACUUGGAAUAUCACUGUCCCAGAGGGGUUUCGGAUCAAGCUUUACUUCAUGCACUUCAACUUGGAAUCUUCCUACCUUUGUGAAUAUGACUACGUGAAGGUAGAAACUGAAGACCAGGUGCUGGCAACCUUUUGUGGCAGGGAGACCACGGACACAGAGCAGACCCCCGGCCAAGAAGUGGUUCUCUCCCCUGGUUCCUUCAUGUCCGUCACUUUCCGGUCAGAUUUUUCCAAUGAGGAGCGGUUCACGGGCUUUGAUGCCCACUACAUGGCUGUGGAUGUGGACGAGUGUAAGGAGAGGGAGGACGAGGAGCUGUCCUGUGACCACUACUGCCACAACUACAUUGGCGGCUACUACUGCUCCUGCCGCUUUGGCUACAUCCUCCACACGGACAACAGGACCUGCCGAGUGGAGUGCAGUGACAACCUCUUUACCCAGAGGACCGGCCUGAUCACCAGCCCUGACUACCCCAACCCUUACCCCAAGAGCUCUGAAUGCCUCUACAACAUUGAGCUGGAGGAGGGUUUCAUGGUCAGCUUGCAAUUCGAGGACAUUUUUGACAUUGAGGACCAUCCUGAGGUGCCCUGCCCUUAUGACUAUAUCAAGAUUAAAGCUGGUUCAAAAGUUUUGGGACCCUUCUGUGGAGAGAAAGCCCCAGAACCCAUCAGUACCCAGAGCCACAGUGUCCAGAUCCUGUUCCGCAGUGAUAACUCAGGGGAGAACCGGGGCUGGAGGCUCUCGUACAGAGCUGCAGGAAACGAGUGCCCUGAGCUACAACCUCCUGUCCAUGGGAAAAUUGAGCCCUUGCAAGCCACAUAUUCCUUCAAAGAUCAAGUGCUCGUCAGCUGUGACACAGGCUACAAAGUGCUGAAGGAUAAUGUGGAGAUGGACACAUUUCAGAUCGAGUGCCUGAAGGAUGGGACAUGGAGUAACAAGAUUCCCACCUGUAAAAUUGUAGACUGUGGAGCCCCAGCUGAGCUGGAACAUGGACUGGUCACCUUCUUCACAAGGAACAACCUCACCACAUACAAAUCUGAGAUCAGAUACUCCUGCCAUCAGCCCUAUUACAAGAUGCUUCACAACAUCACAGGAAUGUAUACCUGCUCUGCCCAAGGGGUCUGGACAAAUGAAUUACUGGGAAGAAGCCUGCCCACCUGCCUUCCAGUGUGUGGCCAGCCCUCCCGCUCCCUGCCAAAUCUGGUCAAGCGGAUCAUUGGAGGCCGGAAUGCUGAGCCUGGCCUCUUUCCAUGGCAGGCUCUGAUAGUGGUAGAGGACACCUCAAGGGUACCAAAUGACAAGUGGUUCGGGAGUGGAGCACUACUCUCUGAGUCUUGGAUUCUCACGGCCGCUCACGUGCUGCGUUCACAGCGCAGAGACAACACAGUGAUACCGGUCUCCAAGGAGCAUGUCACUGUCUACUUGGGCCUGCAUGACGUUCGGGACAAAUCAGGAGCUGUCAACAGCUCAGCUUCCAGAGUGGUGCUCCACCCAGACUUCAACAUCCAGAACUACAAUCAUGACAUAGCUCUGGUGCAGCUGCAGGAGCCUGUACCCCUGGGACCCCACGUCAUGCCUAUCUGCUUGCCAAGGCCUGAGCCUGAAGGCCCAGUCCCCCACAUGCUUGGCCUGGUGGCCGGCUGGGGCAUUUCCAAUCCCAAUGUGACAGUGGAUGAGAUCAUCAGCAGUGGCACGCGAACCUUGUCCGAUGUCCUUCAGUACGUCAAGUUACCCGUGGUGCCGCAUGCUGAGUGCAAAGCCAGCUAUGAGUCCCGCUCAGGCAACUACAGCGUCACAGAGAACAUGUUCUGUGCUGGCUAUUAUGAAGGUGGCAAGGACACAUGCCUUGGAGAUAGUGGCGGGGCCUUUGUUAUCCUUGAUGACUUGAGCCAGCACUGGGUGGCCCAAGGCCUUGUAUCCUGGGGAGGCCCUGAAGAAUGUGGUAGCAAGCAGGUAUAUGGAGUCUACACAAAGGUCUCCAACUAUGUGGACUGGCUGUGGGAGCAGAUGGGCUCCUCACAAGGUUUGGGAGAGCUCCAGGUGGAGCGGUGAGCUGACUUACUUCCUCAGGGUCUGUCUACCCUGCCCCAGCUCAAGUGAGACUACACCACACACCUCCAACAGCACACUCCAUGUUACUUAACAGACCAAAUAGAAUGGAACACAGUGACCUACUGGGGCACUCAUCCUCCUAAGAUGGACCCCAGGACCCUGAGAGGCAGCAGUGUUGUAUAAGGAAAAGGUUCUAGGCAAGAGACCAGGGUCCACGACCAUGGUCAAUUCCAUUCCCCUCACUGGCCUUCACUCUUUCCAGCAAUACAAUGGGAAAGCUGGACCAGAAGACCUCUGGGCCAAUCUAGCACUCCUCUCUGGCAAGCUUUAUACCAUGGCCUUUAUUCACUCCUAAUUAUAUAUCAAACCUAUUGGGCCCACUGUUGGUAUAUUUGAGCUUGAUUAUUAGGAAAUGAUUCCUUGCAUUGAACUUAACUCUGCAUUCAUAUUUUGACCCAGCUCUGCACUCUGGGCCUAUAUCAAAUCCACUCCCUCCUCUAGGAGAAAACCAUUCAGGUUUGGGGGAUAGAGAUCAUA